UUGAGCGCAUUGAUAACGGUUGUGCUCAGGCUGUGGUGAAUGAGAUUGAAGAAGAGUUCUUGUUUUGUAUCUCAGUUUCUCUCUUUUUGGACAAAUUUUAUUUAAACAAAUAAAAAUAUACUACGGAGAUCUCAGACUCUAAUCAAUGGAGGGUAUUUUAAUAUUUACAUCAUAAUUGUAUCGGAUAUUCGGUAGAGCGGUAUUGGGUUGUUUUGUAAAUAUUUAUUUAAUAAAUUUCUGAGGAGAGAAGGACUGCUGCUGAGUAGAGUGGAGGGGAGUCGGAGAGAUUGGAGACCAGUCACACUGCCAGGUGCGGCUCUUUAAUGCUUCAAUUGGAUGGUAUUCAACCUGGAGACGGUGUGAAGGCUGAACGUUUCCCCGGACUGAUUGGCACACUGACUGGCUCAAUGAUGGAACUACAAACAUUACAGGAGGCCCUGAAAGUGGAAAUUCAAGUCCAUCAGAAACUGGUCGCCCAAAUGAAACAGGACCCACAGAAUGCUGAUCUGAAGAAGCAGCUCCACGAACUUCAGGCUAAGAUCACAGCGCUUAGCGAGAAGCAGAAAAAGGUGGUGGAGCAGCUGAGGAAGGACCUGCUGGUGAAACAGGAGCCGGAGGUGAAGGUUCAGGUGCUGGCUACAGACAAACACGUCCUCCAGAUCCCCUCCUCCACUACUCUGCAGGCCCUACAGCAGACCACACACAGCCAGGCCCUGCAGCAGAAGACGCUGACAGUCACCCCAGUCAUCUCCACUAAGACUCUACCUGUAGUGCUGAAAGCUGCCACUCCCACCAUGCCUUCCUCUGUUGUGGCGCAGCGCCCUGCCAUGGUCGCUGCCAUCAGCCAUGCCUCCAAGCCUAGUAUCGUCAACUCCAAUUCCCAGAACACACCAGUGAACCUUCAGGUGGCUAGCAAAUUGACCAAUCAGUGUUUUGAGCCCGUCCGACUGGUGUCGAAGAAUGCACUUGUGGUGCAGGCCACCACCACCCCCACCUCAGCACAGCCAAUCAAAGUUCCUCAGUUUGUCCCUCCUCCUAGACUGACGCCUCGACCCACCUUUCAACCACAGGUCCGGCCGAAGCCCGCCACGCCCAAUAACAACGUGCCAAUCGCCCCGGCACCCCCUCCGGCCAUGAUGGCGGCGCCCCAGUUGCUCCAGCGGGGCCCGGUGAUGCUGACCACCAAGUUGAGCUCCUCCUCGCUGACCUCCAGCACCGGGCCCAUCCACCAGGUGCGCAUUGUCAACGGCCAGCCAUGUGCUUCCGCUGGCGCCAAAAGUGGCCAGCACACAGGCACUGUGACAGGCAUCGUUAUCACGGCCCCGGCAUCGGCACGCCUCACCACCCCCAAGCAGACACUGCAGAUCAGCAGCCUCUCCUCAGACACCAAGGCUGUUAAAGCUCACAGGGGAUUGGAGCAGAAAAUGUUGACAAGCAGCACCCCUCCUCUGUCUCCAGCACCCAGACCGAAGAGAGAGGACAAUCCUCAGAAACUUGCCUUUAUGGUUGCCCUCGGACUUGUCACCCAUGACCAUAUGGAAGAAAUUCAAAGCAGGAGGCAGGAGCGUAAGCGAAGAACAACGGCGAACCCGGUGUACAGUGGAGCUGUGUUUGAGCCCGAGAGGAAGAAGAGUGCAGUGACCUACCUAAACACUCCGCUCCACCAGGGAACCAGAAAGCGAGGUCGCCCACCCAAAUACAGCAGUGUUCCGGAACUGGGCAGCCACACCCCGACCUCCCCCUCCAGCUGUCUCACUGCUUCCCUGGUCCCCGAGCGGCCCAACACGGGGGGGAGAUUCCCCUUCCAUGUCCACCCCCACCACUCUCUCCCCCUGCCCAGCCCCAGCUCUGGGGAUGGAGACAUCCAUGAGGAUUUCUGCACUGUGUGCAGACGCAGUGGCCAGUUGCUCAUGUGUGACACAUGCUCACGUGUCUAUCACCUGGACUGCCUGGACCCACCCCUGAAAACCAUUCCUAAAGGCAUGUGGAUCUGUCCAAAAUGUCAAGACCAGAUACUGAAAAAAGAAGAUGCAAUUCAAUGGCCGGGAACAUUGGCUAUUGUUCAUUCCUACAUCGCCUAUAAAGAAGCUAAAGAAGAGGAGAAACAAAAGCUAAUUAAGUGGAGUGCUGAGCUGAAACUGGAGCGGGAGCAGUUGGAACAAGGGGUCAAACAACUCAGCAACUCUAUAACGAAAUGCAUGGAGACCAAAAACACCAUCCUGUCUCGACAGAAAGAAAUGCAAGUUUCGUUGGAGAAGGUCAAACACCUUGUCCGCCUCAUUCAGGCUUUCAGUUUCAGUCAAACCAUGGAGACCGAGGGUACAGGUGACAUCACAGAAGAUGUUACAAAGAACAUCACGAGGGCCAAGGAUGCAAUUGUCCCAACUGAAAAUGCUGUGGACACAGUCAACACAGAGGCUGUAGCAGAAGUCAAUAUCCAGUCUGUGUAUGGGGUGAAGGCCAAGGUCACAGCACAGGACAGCAGCGAUGUUGAAGCCGGAAAGGAGGAGGUUGUAGCUGAUGUUACCAUCAAGACGGUAGCAGGAGUUAGUGCUGAGCCUGUUGCCGGGGUCAGCACCGUGGCUACAGUGGACAGCCGUGUUGAACCCGUGGCUGAGGUCAACACCGCUGAGGAAGUGACUGAGGCCGAGAUGAAAGCCACAGCAGUGGUCAGUGCAGAGGACUCUACUGGGGUCACGACCAAUGGCACCACUGACCUUGUGUGUACUGACGAGAGCUGUACUAACAAGGAUGAGAGCUGUACUAGCAACACAAACACCAACCCUGAGAACAAGGUCACCACCACUAACAACACAGAGCAGGUGGAAGAAGAGGAACAGGAAGAGAACACAAACGAUGAUGGCAGCAGCACCAACAACAGCAAAACCUCAGAACCUUCCCAGAAAUCUUUGCCAGCUCUUCUCGACAGUUUGGACAAUAAAGAGUAACACUCUUAGAUCGACCCCACCACCACAUUAAAAAAUGACUUUGCUUUCAGCUUUGAAAGGUGCCCGACGUUGCCAAUCUAUAUAAAUGUUACUUGUUUUCAAUGUAUUGUCAGACUGUGUCAAUAGUAAAUCUACAGCCCGAGUCUGAGAUUGCUCUUGGAUGCUGUAGGCUAUUAUACCCCAAGCAUGGGUGAAAGGGUGGUUUGUGUACCAGUGUCAUGCCAAUUAAGGAUAGAAAGAAUAGUAGUAAUGCUAAAAGCAAGAUAAUUUAUAACAUCACACCAUUGUGUGCCUGCAACAGCUGCCCUCAGAACUCUUGUGGGGGUUGUUUUUUUUAGGUUGUCUUUUGUUCCUGGGGAGGCAGGUUAGAGAUGUCCAAAGACUGCUGCACCGAGAACGUGGUUCUCUGGCAUUAACUGAGAGAAACAUCAAACCAAAAGAUUGGCAAAACAGCUGAGGAUAGGGCUUUGAAAAAUUCUAAAGCAUCAGUAUUUAAGUGGGAAACAUUGAGGCGCCAGUUGAGCGUCAUUGAAAAUCAAACAUGUAAAACAAGGGAGCCUUCAGUUAUCCCAAUACCUUCCUCCCCUUUCCCCAUUCUCAACCUUACAUGACCAAUAACUAUUGACCCAUUUACACAACACCUCAGGCAAAAAAAAGCACCGUCCACCUGCUUUUGAAGUAUGAGGCAGACUGCUUAUAGAGCUUGCUGACCAGGGCCUUGCUGAGGAAGACCCAGGUAACAAAGACGGUCAUCUCAAGAGACAGUGGAGUCAGAUCACACAUGGUAGCUUAAAGUUUUCAAAUGGUGUAGGUCCAGUGCAGUGAUUUGAGUUUCAUUCGUGAGUCAGUGUCAACUGUGAGCACUAAAUGUUCAAUUGCAAUAAUGUUGCAAUGUCAAAAACAAACACACAAAAAUAUCUAUAUCUGGGGUGUGUUUCUUUUAUAGGAAAAGAUAUUCAGGUCUUCCUAGUCUUAAAAAAUAAGUGCAUUUCUGUUUCAUAAAACAGUUGUUUGUUAUUAAAUGUGUUUAACUGGCAUAGUUUAUGCAAGUAAUUAUCUUUUAAAAGAGGUGACCUUUGCAUAUUAUGAAAUGUAUGUUUUUGUUUUAAUUCUGAACUGCCAAAAUGCUAUUGUAUCCAAAUAUAGCAGGGACAUGUCCACUAACUGUAUGGAAAGAUCAAGGGAAAAAAAUUGAAUAUUCAAUACCAUCUCAGAAAUUGGCAAUACCUGGUAAAUAAGCAUGAGUGCUUAUUCAACAAUCUCAUCAAAAUAUAUUUAUUUCCUGGAAAAUGGAGAGUGUGUUGCAUCAGCCCAUUUUGGUGGUGGUAAGGAAAAAAACAAAUCCUGAGAUUAAAGCACAAGCUUCUGCAUAACAAAUGUGUGCUGAAAAGCUUUUUUGUAUGUUACAUAUAGAACAUAACAGUAUGCAUUUUGUUCAUUGUCAUGUAAUUUAUCCCCAACUUGCCAAUAUUUUUGUAUUACCCAACUUAUCUUUGAGGGUGAGACUGAGGCCUUGUGCAGCAGAAAUUGUCUUGCUUUCCUACCCAUGAAACAUGCUUGGAUAACAGAACUAACCAACAAACCUAUCCCUAAAUACUCAAUAGAUUUGUGCUUCCACUGGUAUUUGUUUUUUAAUGCGCCAUCAACAUAUCUGUCCAAUGUUUUAUAAUUUGUGGGGCCAGUACCCAGUUUUUCCUCCACUUGUUUUCGACCAAGUUGUUCAUGAAUUGUUCAGCAACUUUUGGGGUUGGGACCAUUCAGGAGACUGGGGAUAUAUAUUAUUAGAGCAUGUGUCAGGUCUCAAUUGAAAUUAAUAUUAUUUUUUUAUGCUAUACUGUUGCGCUUUGCAGUGCACAGACGGCAACAUACAUAUCAUGUUGACGUCAAUCAAUGACCAAUCGACAUGUCUUUGGAGAAUGUUUUCUGUUUUGAAAACGGGGACUUUAAAUUCCAGAAAUUCUACAUUUCAAGGGGCUGAAUUUUCUCAACAUUGCAAUUUUUCUUUCUUAGCUAUGUUUAAAAAAAAAAAAAAAAAAAAAAGAUUUAUAAAUGCUGAGUCAAUCAAAAUACAAGUCUAUUUUUUUGCAGUUUUUUAAACAUCUUAAUGGAAGAGUUUGACCAAGAGAUGCAAUCAAGUGCAAUGGCUAUACUUUCUUGUCUUGUACUUUCUCAUAGAUUGAAUGAAAAGGUUUUUUUGCCUUCUGAGUCUCACACAGUACUCGUAAGGAUAUAUCUUCACCACGGAAACACUGCAUAAAUUGGCUGGAUGUCAAACAUUUUUCAUACUGUGUCCCUUGAAUAGAACAAAGUAUUCAGAAAUCCACUUCACAUUCAUAUGUUUUUGUCUUUGUUAAACCUGAACUUAUUUUACAGAGAAACUUGACCUUUCCCCUUUUUAGGUACCUCGAGUGCCUUUCUUCCAACAGCAUAUUUUGUCUCUUGACUUGCACUGUGGCUUGUAUUAUUACCUUACUACACACAAACACACUUGUCUAGCUCUUGUCCUAUGUUUUCCCCAUGUGAUUUCAUAUCCGCCCACAAAACUUUGAAUCUUCAGCAAACAUAUGCAUCUGAAUUAUAGAGCACAAUUUGAAUCUGCAUAAUGAAGAGAA